CAUUUCAUCCCAUCAGAGAAGAGUAUCUACAGGACGCAUCUCGCUCACACCAAUCAUGACAAUGGGAAGGAAUCGGACAAAACCAAAGUUAGGUUGUCAGACAAACCUCCCACCAAUUCUACGGCGAGUCACGAGAGUUCGAACUUUAUCCCUGUGACGGGGGACUUCCAGAGCACGAGGAAGCGCUCUGCAGUUUCAAAAAAUAACCGACGCUGUUCGCGCAUCACCCGAAACGUUUGGCCGCUCGGAAGAUUUCUGGUUUAUUUUUUGUAGUGACACAUUUUAACUAUGAUACAGGGGUCCUCUUCAAGCAGAUAGAGGAAGAGUCAGCUAGCGAGCUGGCUAACUAAACUAUCCGAGGGGGAAGUGGCAGCAGUCACCGUUUAGCCAGAGUUUCGCUAGCGUAGCUUCCGCCUAACACACCCACUUUCUGCCUGUUUGUUGUUCACGUUGGUUUCAAAUAACCUGGACUUCAACCGACUUCAGCUUUUCGCCGAACACAAAAGCAUGCUUUGGCUAAACAGAGCGUUUCGCCGUUGUUAGCCAGCCAGCUAGCGAGGCGAAUGGUCUCUCCAGCGCCCGUACAGGCUCGCUAGCCAGCCGAAACGAGUCGGCCUGAAAAUAUAGCGGCGUGGACGGUCUCAUUGGUGUGGUUACCACGCAUUAACGACAAAACACUGCACUGCACUGGGUUUGGUGGAAAUAAGGAAGCAUUCAGCUAACGUUACGCCUUUCUGCGUCCCUCGAGCACUGAAGUGCCUGGCGCAUCUCGGGAGAGCAGCUCUCUCAGCAUGCUGGACAGAAGAGCGGAGAUGAGCAGGUUGGGUUUUUGAGCGUCUUAAGCUUGUUUGGAACUGUCCGUUUGGGGGAAGGCGGGAACACAAGAGGCAAGAAUGAAGAAGUUUUCGCGUAUGCCGAAAUCAGAGAGCGGAAGUCUCGGGGGUGGGUCUGGAUCUGGUACUGGAAGCAGCAACUAUAUCGGGAAGGUGUUUGCUGUCGGUCGAUACCAAGUGACGGUGGAAGAGCUGAUCGCUGAAGGAGGUUUCUCCAUGGUGUUUCUGGCCCGCACACACAGUGGAGUACGAUGUGCCCUGAAAAGGAUGUAUGUGAACAAUGUCCACGACCUGAACAUCUUCAAGCGGGAGAUCACAAUCAUGAAAGAGUUGUCGGGCCACAAGAACAUUGUGCGGUAUCUGGACUCAACCACCAAUGCAGUUGGAGACAGUGUAUGGGAGGUUCUGAUUCUGAUGGAGUAUUGCAAAGCUGGUCAGGUGGUGAAGCAGAUGAAUCAACGGCUGCAUAUAGGAUUCACAGAAGCGGAGGUGCUCAACAUAUUCUGUGACGCAUGUGAAGCUGUUGCUAGACUCCACCAGUGUAAAACUUCAAUCAUUCACAGAGACCUAAAGGUAGAAAACAUCCUCCUAAAUGACCAGGGAAACUACGUCUUGUGUGACUUUGGAAGUGCCACACAUAAAGUUCUGCUUCCACAUAAAGAUGGAAUAGCAGUGGUGGAGGAUGAGAUCAAGAAGUACACGACUCUGUCAUACCGUGCCCCAGAGAUGAUUAACUUGUACCAAGGGAAAGCCAUCACCACAAAGGCUGAUAUCUGGGCACUUGGAUGCUUGUUGUACAAGCUGUGUUUCUUCACACUUCCAUUUGGGGAGAGUCAAGUUGCCAUAUGUGACGGAACCUUUGCUGUUCCGGACAGUUCAAAAUUCUCCUCCAGGUUGCACGGUUUAGUCAGAUACAUGUUGGAGCCUGAUCAAGAAAAGAGACCUGACAUCUAUCAAGUUUCUUACUUUGCCUUUCGGUUAGCUGGAAAGGAGUGUCCAGUGCCAAAUCUCUUUAACUCUCCCCUUCCCACCUCGUUGCCAGAGCCCCUUACUGCUAGUGAUAUUGCUGCUAAAAAGAGCCUGACAAAAGCCAGAAUAACAGAUUCAAUUGGACCAACAGAAACAUCAAUCGCACCCAGGCAAAGACCCAAAGCUGCAAAUAGUAAUGUUUUACCUUUGUCCAGCUCUGUAACUCCUGUGAAAAUGACUGGAUCCUCGGGUACGGAUAGCAACGGCCAGAAAGCUUCUGGAAACGGGCAGCAGUCAGCUGCACAGAUGCCAAGCAGCAGUCAACAGAACCGGGUGUUACAGCAGCUGCAGCCUGGAGACCUUCGACUGCAACAGCUACAUCAUCAACAACAACAACAGCAGCAGCAGCACAAUAUACACCAUCAACAGCAAGUCACUGCACAGCAGCUACAGUACCUGCAACAGUAUCAUCAGGCCAUGCAACAGAGCCUUCAGAUGCAGCAACAGCAUAUGCUUCAGCAGCAGAUGAUGAUGCAGCAGCCCAUAUAUCAAUCCCAGCAGCAACAGCAGGCUCACUACACUGCCUUGAUGCAUCAGUACCAGCAGGCCUUUGUUCAGCAGCAGCAGCAGCAAUGUGCUCCAGUCCAACAGGUGCCCCCUCUGGAGUUCCAGAUCCCACUGGGCUCCUAUAACCCUGCCGGACCUUCUCCAGUAGACACCCCCUUUGCUAACAUCAGGAACCCAGUGUCCACUAUGGAUGUUAUCAGCCCUCCUCCCCAGACUGUCAAUAACCCUCCUGAUAUGUCUGGUUGGAACCCAUUUGGAGAAGACAAUUUCUCCAAACUCACAGAAGAGGAGCUUCUCGAUCGAGAGUUCGACCUUCUAAGAGCAAAAAAGCCGGUAGAGCGAUCUCGCAGCAUGGAGGCCAGCAGCAUAGACAGACAGCAGCCGGUACUGCAGCCCUCACUCCCUGAGGAUCCAUUUGGCUCUGUGCCGUUCCUGGCCAACGCAGCAGGAGCUGGUGUGCUGACAGCAGAGCAUCCAGUUGAGCAGCUCAGUGUUGCUGUGACUGUUCCAAGCACGCAAGACACAACCCUGCAAUCAGUCAAAGAACACAAACCUGCAAAGAAAAGUAGCUCCACUAGUUCACUGCCUCAGAAAGCAGGCGAGGAAUCAGACAGUGAUUUUGAGUCGGACCCACCCUCUCCCAAAAGCAGUGAAGACGAAGAGGCCGAAGAGGAGGAAGGUCUCAACAGCGAACGUGAAGACACCGAACCUGAGAACCUGGGUCAGAGGCCGUUACUCAUGGACUCUGAGGAAGAGGAGGACAAACACAGCUCAGACUCAGAUUGUGACUCUAGGAAAGCAAAACUUGGGUUGUCGAAGGAAAAGGCUGCACUUUUUCCUCCUAGAACAGUGAACGCUGAAUCUGGACCCAGUGUGAUCACUCCUCCCAAUUCGCCAAGUGUAGCCAUGCCUGUCGCGAGCAUUGUGGAUGUGUUUGGUGCUGUUCCUUUCGUUGGCAGUGGUAAGGCCAGAGUGUCACCAGAGAGCUCAGAUAUUUUUGCCCAAGCCCCUUUUAGGCAGGCUAGCCAGGAGAACGCUGCGGAAGAGACUGACAUAUUCAUCAAAGCUCCUUUCAACAGAAACCUCUCCAGGUCCAGCAGGAGUGGCGAUGGACCCAGUGGCCAGACGCCACCCGUUUCUCCUGACAGCGUGGAUGUAUUCGGAUUCUCGCCUUUCCAACCUAGCCACGUAAUGAACAGGGAUUCUCGGAAUCAGGAGGACAUCUUUGGCCAAGCACCUUUCGACGAAGCAGACAGUCCCCAGCAACAGAGGCAGAAGCAGUGCAGUCUUCAGAAACUCUCCUCGCGGCAAAGGCGCACCAAGCAAAAGGCCAGUGGCGGGAAUGGGAAGCGACACCACGGCACGCCCACUGGUGGCAGGAAGAGCAACAAACCCAGUUUCCGUACCCCCGAACGGGUGCGAAGGCACAAGAAAGUGGGCAGACGGGACUCGCAGAGCAGCAAUGAGUUCCUCAGCACGUCUGACUCCAAAGAGAACAUCAGUAUUUCCCUGGGCGAGGUGAUGGAAAAAGAAGCUGCGUUGCCUUCGGAGGAGGUCUUGUUGGAUCCGUUUGGAGCCAAGCCUUUUCAUCCACAAGAUGGCAGUCGACAUGGCCAGCACCAGAGCUUGGGAGACAACAAAAGUGAGAUCAAUUCGACCAACGGUAGGCCGAGAACCAGUUCCCUACAUGGCGUGUUUGAGGAAAAUAAGAUAGAUGACUUUGGAGCUGUACCUUUCACAGAACUAGUGGUCGAAAGCGGAGCUCCGCAAACCCCACAAAAGGAUCUCGACCCUUUCGGAGCUGCACCUUUCCCCUCAAAGCAGUGAAUAUCUUGUCUUCCGGCUCACAUGCAGAGAUGAUAGACACACACACACACACAUACAUCACUACAUUAUGCAAAGCCCAAGCAG